AUGACAUCGCGUGACAGCUCGAGCGAAUCGGCUGACUCGCAGUGGUCUCAUCAAGACCCGCCCGAGCCAAAGAAAGAGCCCAAGUCCGGUCUGGGGACGAGGAUCAAGAAUGGCUGGGCCCGGCUGGAGUUGGAUUUACCGACCGUGAUAUUGAUGAUGAAAGGCGCGGUUCCGCCAACGAUCGCCUUAGCCGCAUAUCAAGCCGACUCCUUUGCAUCGCACUUUAACACGGUCGGAUACCUCGUGGCCAUCGUUUCGGUGCUGGGUUUUGCCAUCAUGCCUCGCGCCAAGUUCAUUCAAAUGAUGGUCCUCGAUGUCUUGGCAGUCUGCACGGCUUCCGCCGUGGCUCUGUUGAUGAUGUAUUCGAGCGUUAAGGCCCGCGAGCAUACGGAUCCGUCCUCGAUCCCCAGCUCUGGCUCUAGCUCAAUCGCGACGAACGGGAGUGGUGGCAUCACUGCGACUCCGUACAAUUCGUCGGCCUCGGCGGUUAGCGGCGUCUGGUUGUUUUUCGAGAUUUACCUUGUGCACUCGUUCCGUGCCAAGUACCAGCAAUUCCAGUUUCCCGUGAUUAUCUUCUCGAUUGUGGCCAAUGUGACUUUCGUGUACGCUCCACGGCUGCCGACCAUGGCCGCCUCCAUUAGUAUGGUGAAGAAGCUACUUGAGGCGUGUCUCACCGGAUUGGCCUUCUCUACGGGCACAUGUCUCUUUGUAUUCCCAAUGACGUCUAGAAAAGUAGUCUUCAAGGAAAUGGCAGGCUACAUCGGGGGUCUACGUGCGGCUCUCAAUGCGCACACGGAUUAUUUUGGCACGCUGGAACGGGACGAUAUGUUUGGACGCGCGGAGACUUAUGACUCUCACGUGGAAAAGAUCACAGAGAAGGGCAAGGUGUACAGCCCCGAAGCCGAAGCCAUUCGGGCGGCGGUUCGAAAGCUUACCGACCUCCAUGCCAAACUCCAUGCGGAUCUGACGUUUGCAAAGCGUGAGAUGGCGAUCGGAAAUCUGGGCCCCGACGAUCUGCAGGCGAUUUUUAGGCAUCUGCGGCAGAUCAUGAUUCCGAUUGUCGGACUCAGCUUCGUCGUCGAUAUCUUUCAACGCCUGUCGGAUUAUAACAAGUGGAACCAGCCUAUCGAUCCUAUGGGAGCAGAACCACCGGACAUGAUUCGCCAUCGGGUUGUGCAGGAGUGGAACGAUAUUAUGAGAGCGGUUCAUGAUCCGUUCGAAUCGUUGAUUCACACAAUUGACGAGGGUCUCCAACACGCUCUGUUUACGCUUAAAUUAGCCAAUCCACCCAAGAAACCCGCCACAAACUCAGCGGACGGCUCUGCAGACGUGGAAGCUGGCGUUGGUCCAGGAGACAAACAAUUUGCCGCUCAUUUUGAACGAAAACUGCGCGAGUUCAAGGUGGCCAAGAAAAUUGCUUUGAGAACCUGGAGCGAAGAAAAGGGGAUCAAGCUGCCUGCUGAUUUUUUCGAGCGCCCGUCAUCUGCACACAUAAACGUGGAUGAUGUUCCCAAGGAUGAGUAUGGAAUCGGUCGUGACCGAAGUAGGCGCCAACUUUAUCUGUUCCUUUAUAUGGAACAAUUGCUCAAUUCAGCUGGUCAUGUCGUACUGGAGUUCGUCCGUUUCGCAGAUGAGAGGGUUGAGAGUGGCAAGCUCUCCCGGAAACAUCUGAUUAUCCCUGGCUGGAAGCGCGUGCGAAAGUGGGUACUCAGCGUAUUCAAGGCGGACGAUUCCCACGAAGAUGACAAUAUGGGUGACAUGCACACCCAGAACAACAUUCUGCAGCUCGGAGAGGCCUAUAAGCACCGGCGGGAUCCAGAGCAUCUCCCGUCAGAUACCGCUUUCCAAAAGUUCGGAGACAAAAUCAGAGUUAUUCCUUCGCUCCUGCGUUCAUCCGAGUCCGCAUAUGGUUUCCGAGUAGCCUGUGCUACCAUGACCAUUGCGGUGGUCGCCUUCAUUCAUGACACGCAGACCUUCUUCAUCAAGCAGCGCUUUGUGUGGGCCAUGGUCAUGGUGAACCUCAGCAUGUCUCCCACCUCUGGUCAAAGUAUCUUUGGCUUCGUCCUUCGGAUUUUUGGGACCGUUUUGGCCAUGAUACUCAGUUUUCUCUGCUGGUUCAUACCUGGCACAAAAACGCCCGGUAUCAUUGUUUUCUUCUUCAUCUUCGUAUCCAUCAUGUUCUACAUUCCGAUCAAGAUGUUCCGGUUCCGUAUUAUCGGCAUCAUCACCAUCAUAUCCACGUCUAUGAUCGUUGGAUACGAGCUCCAGGUCCGUAAGGUCGGCGAGCAUGUUGCAACGUCCAAUGGACAGCCCUACUACCCCAUCCACCUUCUUGCGCCUUAUCGACUGGCGACCGUUACCGGCGGUAUUGCAGUUUCGUUCUUUUGGACCUUCUUCCCGUAUCCCAUCUCGGAACACUCCGUCCUGCGUCAGAGCUUAGGAGCAUCGCUUUAUCUUCUGGCCAAUUAUUAUUCGAUCAUCCACGAGACAGUCAAUGCUCGCAUGCGCGGCGAUGAGGGUGAUAUCGCUUUGAAGACGUCGGCCGGACGUCGGCUUUUGAAGGCCCGUAAUAAGGUCUUUUCCAAGCAGAUGCUCAUGUUGACUGGUCUGAGAACCUAUUCCGAGUUUUUGAAAUGGGAAGUCCCGAUUGGUGGCCGCUUUCCCAAGAAGCAAUAUGAUUCUAUCAUAUCGUGUAUCGAAAGCUAUUUGAGUCUUUUGGGGUACGCCUCGGACACUCUCCUACAACUGGGCGAUGAUGGUGAUGACAGCAACACUGUCUGGAUUCACGAUUUCCGGAGACUGGUGGCCAGUGCGCGUAUAACGACCCAUGAGAUCACUUCGGUGCUGUGCCUUCUAUCAGCCAGUAUUACCAACCGACAACCUCUACCACCGUACCUGAAGACACCUCGGCCGUAUAGCUUCUCCAAGAGACUAGAAGCGCUUGACAAAGACAUUCUCAGUCUGCGGCAUAUUGCAGAGCCUGGAUUCGCGACUUUUGCCGUGCUUCAGAUUUCGACGCGCUGCAUUGUGGGUGAUGUAGAUAGACUUAUGCGGGAUGUUAAAACCCUCGUCGGAGAACUCGACUUUUCCUUCCAUGCAGUCAGCACAGCGCAGAGCGUCAAGUCCUCGGCUGAUGUGUCGCGGCUGUCGAGAGCGACCGAUCGCGAUAAAUUAGAAUAG